AUGUGCCCCCAGACCAAGGUCCGCAUGAUCAACGCCCUCCAUCACCGCAAGUGCUUCGUUUCCAUGACUGGUGACGGCGUCAACGACUCCCCCGGCUUAAAGCAGUCUGGUAUUGGUAUUGUCAUGGGUCUCGCCAUGUCUGCUCUUUACCUAGCUUCGUUCGUCCUUAUUCUUUACGAAUUUGGCCUCGGUAAGGCCGAUAUUGGCGAGAACUACAACAACGAGUACAGCGAGGAUUGCAAGGUCAUCUUCCGUGCUCGCGCGACGACUUUUGCUUGCCUGACCUGGUUGGCGCUCUUCCUCGCUUGGGAAAUGGUCAAUAUGCGUCCCUCCCUGUUCCGAAUGCAGUUCACUCAGUGGAUGCACGACGUCUGGCGCAACCAGUUCCUCUUCUGGGCCAUCGUGGCAGGCUUCGUCACUAUGUGCCUUUAA